CAUUCUGCACAGGCCAGGCUUCCAGAAGUUUCCCAGAAAAAACUAAUGUUGAAGUUGCGCAGCAGAGCUUAUGUUCAGCUCACAGCUCAGGGCUGGAACAAGAGAUUUUUCCACUGGAGAACUGGAAAAAAGUAGAUUUAAACUAUAAUGGCUGAAGCGAUACCACUGCGAGAAAAGAAGCAGAGAACUCUACCUCGGUCUGAUGGGUGUGGUCUGAAUAACUUUGACGCUCUGGAUUUAUCUGGAGGGCUGAGAAUAGUCCUGGUGGGAAAGACUGGGUCAGGGAAGAGUGCUACAGGAAACACCAUCCUAGGGAGAGCUGCCUUCAAAGAGGAUCCGAGCCCUGUGUCUGUGACCAAACACUGUGAGACGCAGAGUGGGGAAGUGGACGGGACUAUGGUCCAGGUGAUUGACACUCCAGGCCUGUUUGACACAGCCAUCACAGAGGAAGAAUUAAAGACCAGGAUAGAGGAAUGUGUCAAGAUGUCUGUCCCAGGGCCUCACGCCUUCCUCUUGGUGAUCAGACUUGGAGUAAGAUUCACUGAGGAGGAAAGAAAUGCUGUGAAGUGGAUCCAGGAUAACUUUGGAGAUGAUGCCUCUAUGUACACUAUCAUGCUUUUUACAUGUAAAGAUCAAGCAAAGGCUGACAAUGCUUUAAAGGAGUGCAAGGAGCUGCGGAGACUUUCUAUUACAUUUGGACGCAGAUAUCACGCCUUCAACAACAAUGACGCAGACGACCGCGUUCAGGUCUCAGAGCUGAUCACCAUGAUCAAGGAAAUGGUACAAGAUAACGGGGGGAAGCACUACACAAAUGAGAUGUAUGAGAAAGCCCAGAGGAAGCUGAGAGAGGAGGAGGAGCGUAAGAAACAGGAGGAGGAAGAGAAGAAAGAGGAGGAGAGGAAAAUGUGGGAUGCAGAGAGAGAAAAGCAAGAGAAAGAGCGGGAAAAGGAGAAAAAGGUUAAAAGGAAGAAUAUACGUGUGGCCUCAGCUGCAGCUAUUGUGUUGGUGUUAGCCGGGGUGGUGAUAGCCGUGGGUGCUGACAACACCGUGGCUCUGGCACUGGGAGCUCCGGCUCUAGUCCUGGGAGUGUUAUGUGGCUUAGCUGCCAUCAGCAUAUGGAAAGGAAUUACAUGCAAACCUAAGGCAAAUGUUCCUGUAUAACUAUUAGCAGAGGGCUAACGGCAAGGACAUGUUAUCCAUCCAUCUGCAACACUAAACAUAACAAUACUGUCAGUUCAGUAUAAGUAUUGAACACACAUGUUUUGGCCUUUUCUGCAUUGUUUCCAAAAAUGAUCAAGGUUUACUUCUUAUGUCUUUUCUUUUCCUCAAUUAUUGUUUGCAGUUGUUAAAUGCCUCCCUAUGUUUUCAGUCAUAUAGACACAACCCACAUCAUGAAUUAUACUUGAACAGUUAUUUUUUGGUUUCUGAAAAUCAAUAAAUAAUGUUUAUUGGUAUGUAAUGUUGUACAUCACAUACACUACCAGUCAAAAGUUUGGACUCACCUUCUCAUUUAAAUGGCAUGAGAUGGACCACAGAUGGCCAACAAGUGCUCAACAUCACUGGGAACUCCUUCAA